UGCUCGUCUUGCUUGUCUCGACCCGGUCAACUCCUGUCGAGUCGAGUCAGGUCGAGUCAGCUCGAGCCAGCUCGAGCCCCCUCGCGUCGAGUCGCAAGCAUGCAGUCCAUCUCCCCCGUAUACUCGUCGGCCACCACCGACCGCCGCUACUCCCCGCCAUGGGCGGACUUGAGUAUCAUCGGUAUCGCUGGCAGCUCCGGCUCCGGCAAGACCUCCGUGGCCAUGGAGAUCGUCAAGUCGCUGAAUCUGCCCUGGGUCGUGAUUCUUGUAAUGGAUUCAUUCUACAAGAGCUUGUCGCCCGAGGAGCACGCCAGAGCCCAUGCCAACCAGUAUGAUUUCGACUGUCCGGACUCGCUGGACUUUGACGUGCUGGUGCAGACCCUGCGCGAUCUUAAGCAGGGAAAGAAAGCAGACAUCCCAGUCUACUCCUUUGCGGAGCACCAGCGUCAAUCCCAGACCACCACCCUGUAUUCCCCGCGAGUGCUGAUCCUGGAGGGCAUUCUCGCGCUGCAUGACCCCCGGAUCAUGGAGCUGUUGGACGUGAAGAUCUUUGUUGAAGCGGACAUGGAUGUCUGUCUCGGACGCAGAAUCAUGCGCGAUGUCCGCGAGAGAGGACGAGACGUCGAAGGGAUUGUCAAGCAGUGGUUCACCUUCGUGAAGCCCUCGUACAAGCAGUACGUUGAGCCCCAGCGGGGGGUAUCAGACAUCAUCAUUCCCCGUGGAAUCGAGAACCGCACAGCCAUCGACAUGGUCGUGCAACACAUCCAGCGCAAGCUCGAUGAUAAAUCAGAGAAGCACAGCGCGGAGCUCAACCGGCUGGGGCUGAUCGCCUCGGAGGAGAAGCUGAGCCCGCAUGUGAUCAUGAUGCCCCAGACGACCCAGUUUAUCGGCAUGAACACGAUCCUGCAGGACCCUGCGACGGAACAGGUCGACUUUGUGUUCUACUUGGACCGCCUGGCCGCCCUGCUGAUAGAGAAGGCCUUGGACGUCACCUCCUACGUACCCAAAGACGUGGACACGCCCCAGAAGACCAGCUACAACGGGCUGAACCAGGCGGGCAUUGUAUCUGCGGUAGCGAUCCUGCGAGGCGGAUCCUGCCUGGAGACGGCGCUGAAGCGGACCAUUCCCGACUGCAUCACGGGCCGGGUGCUCAUCCAGACCAACGAGCGCAACGAAGAGCCCGAGCUGCACUACCUGAAGCUGCCGCCCGGCAUUGAGGACCACGAGAACAUCCUGCUCCUGGACCCGCAGAUGUCGAGCGGAGGCGCCGCGCUGAUGGCGGUGCGCGUCCUGAUCGACCACGGGGUGCGCGAGGACAAGAUCGUGUUUGUGACCUGCGCGGCCGGCAAGAUCGGGCUGAAGCGACUGACCACGGUGUACCCGGCCCUGAAGGUGAUCGUGGGACGGAUCGAGGAGGAGCGCGAGCCGCGGUGGAUCGAGAAGAGAUACUUUGGCUGUUAGCAUGGGCUGGAGAUGUACGACUGCAAUGAUUGACUGCUUCGUUUUGGCGAUAGAUGUAUAUUGACCUGAACAUGUGCAUGACUAUAAAAGCAAUAGCAAAU